AUCACGGGUCAUUUUGGUGAGGGGCUCUGGAGAGAAAAGUCCGUAUCUACGGCGGAAGUACCCGGAAAAGUGGGAGGGAAAAAAAACGUUUCGACAACUCUAGAUUGCGAAUAACACCGGUGUAGCAUGAUGAAAACAAACUUCUGUUAGGUAAAUACUUUUAUGAUCGGAAAAUAACUUUUAAACUAGUUUAUUGUGCGGGACACAUAGUCUUACUUUCGAGUUCACAAUGGGACUCCCAACUCUGGAGUUUAGCGAUUCUUUUCUGGACAGCCCUGAUUUCAGAGAACGGCUAAAAUAUCAUGAAAUAGAGUUGGACCGAACAAACAAAUUCAUCAAAGAACUGAUCAAAGACGGGAAUAUGUUGAUAACGGCGCUAAAGAAUCUGUCUACUGCGGUCCAGAAGUUCUCUCAGUCCCUCCAGGAGUUCCAGUUUGAGUGUAUAGGAGACGCAGAGACGGACGACGAGGUCAAUAUCGCCCAGUCGUUCAAGGAGUUCUCCCAGCUACUGAACACUGUGGAAGAGGAGAGGAGACGCCUGAUCCAGAAUGCAGAUGAUGUGCUAAUUGCACCUUUAGAGAAGUUCAGGAAGGAACAGAUUGGAGCUGCAAAGGAAGGGAAGAAGAAGUUUGACAAGGAGACAGAGAAAUACUACACCGUUCUAGAGAAGCAUCUGGCCUUGUCUUCCAGGAAGAAAGAACCGUUCUUACAAGAGGCAGACACACAGAUUGACAAGGAGAGGCAGGUGUUCUAUGAUGCUUCCCUGGAGUACGUCUUCAAGAUUCAGGAGGUCCAAGAGAAGAAGAAGUUUGAGUUUGUGGAACCGCUGCUGGCCUUCCUGCAGGGUCUGUUCACGUUCUACCACGAAGGAUAUGAGCUCGCUCACGAGUUUGAGCCUUACAAACAACAGCUCCAGUUCAACCUGCAGAACACGAGGAACAACUUUGUGAGUACGAAGCAGGAGGUAGAGAAACUGAUGAAGAGAAUCAGAUCAGCUGACCAGGACUACAAACCUCCAGGGCAGUGGACCAUGGAGGGUUUCCUCUACGUCCAGGAGAAACGGCCGCUGGGAUGCACGUGGACGCGACACUACUGUACGUAUGAGAAGAGCAGCAAAGCCUUCACCAUGACCACCUUUGAAACCAAAUCAGCUGGCAAACAGAAUGGUCUGGUGGUGAGUCCGUCUGAGAUGUUCAAGCUGAAGUCCUGUAUCCGAAGGAAGACUGACUCCAUCGACAAGCGUUUCUGCUUCGACAUCGAAGUGGUGGAGAGAACUGACAUCUGUCAAGGAACUCUUUUCCGACCUCUUCAGUUAAAGUUCUGUAAAGUCCGGCAUGGCAUCGUGACUCUCCAGGCUCUGUCUGAGUCCAACAGAAGGCUGUGGCUGGAGGCUAUGGAUGGCAAGGAGCCGAUUUACAAUCUUCCAGCCAUUCUGAGCAAGAAAGAAGAGACGUACCUAAACGAGGCAGGGUUUAAUUUUGUGAGGAAAUGCAUUGACUUGGUGGAGGUACGAGGGAUCAGCACGUUGGGCCUCUACAGAAUAGGAGGGGUGAACUCUAAGGUCCAGAAGUUGAUGACCACUGUGUUUGCAACCAAGGCUCCAGUUGAUAUGAACCUGGACCCAGACACCUGGGACAACAAGACCAUCACCAGCGGCCUGAAGAAUUACCUCAGGUGUCUCUCUGAGCCUCUGCUGACCUUUAAGCUCCACAAAGACUUCAUCAUGGCCGUCAAGUGUGAAGACCAGAACUACAGGGUUAGGGCCGUCCAUGCCUUGGUCCACAAGCUGCCUGAAAGGAACAGGGAGAUGAUGGAGCUACUGAUCAAACACCUCGUUACAGUGUCCACCCACAGCCAGUUCAACCUGAUGACUGUGUCCAACCUGGGUGUGAUCUUCGGGCCCACGUUGAUGAGGUCACAGGAGGAGACGGUGGCCGCCAUGAUGAACAUUAAAUUCCAGAACAUCGUGGUGGAGAUUCUCAUCGAGAACUUUGACAAGAUCUUCCACCAGCCUCCAGACCCCAACGUACCUCUGCCCCAGCCCCAAUCCCGACCAAGCUCACGAAGGAGCAGGGCCAUCUGCCUGUCCACAGGCCCUAGGAAGCCUCGCAGCAUCUACACCCCAACACUGUGCCUUGCAGACGCUGACAGUCCUUGUACAGGUGACACGUUCAGCAGCAGUCCAGGCAGCACCCCCUUGGGAAGCAUGGAGUCCCUCUCCUCCCACUCCUCUGAGCAGAACAGCUCCUCCAAGACAACUGGCACUUCCUCCCACCACCAGCCCAAAGACAAGGCUUCCUAUCCCCCUGGCCUGUGGCUGGGGAUGGGGCAGGGGACGAGCCAGUGGCUCGGCAUGGGUCAGGGUACCAGCCUGAAGCAGGGGAUGAGUCAGGGGACCAGUAUGGGGCAGGAGAUGGGUCAGGGGACCAGUAUGGGGCAGGAGAUGGGUCAGGGCCCAACCCUGGGUCUCCGUCGCUCCCCCUCACAGCUCUCUUCCAACGGGCCAGGGAAGGGAAGCGUCCCAUCCUGCCUCAGCAGCCCAGAGUCUAGCUCCAGGGAAGACGUGGAGACAGGGAGGACAGACGGGGAGUCGGAGGGAGAUGCUCUGAGUCUGUCCUCAACCAGCACCACAGCUACACCCAGGGGGUCCAUCGGCCCGAAGAAAGCCCCCCACUCCCAGACGGAUCUCCGGCCGGUGCCCGUGACCCAACUGACCCAGCUGAACCGCUCAGCCGCUCCCUCUCUGAGGUCACUGUAUAUAUCUGAAGGCCGUAGGAGUCUGGCAGGUUCAGUCCAGAGUCUGUCUGCCGAGACGCUGGACCAGAAAGACCAACAGAAGGAUCGGAAGGAGAGUGUAGAGUCUACAGACCCCCCAGACCGCCCUCCUAAACUAGUCACCCGUCGGAGAUUGGACAGACCGGACAAGAUGGAGUCCUCCAGCAACGGAUACCAGAGACCAGGAUCAGUGGUUGCUGCAAGAGCCAUGCUGUUCGAAACCUGCCCUUCAGCGGCGCAGACCACACCUGUUGGAAGAGACGCCAAGGCCAUGUACUCCUGUGAGGCAGAACACAGCCAUGAGCUCAGCUUCCCACAGGGGGCUCUCUUCUCAAACGUGUAUCCAUCUAUUGAACCUGGCUGGAUCCAAGCAACGUUCCAGGGAAAGACUGGCCUGAUCCCUGAGAACUAUGUGGUUUAUCUCUAACAACAAACUGACUGCUCCAAGAACCUAAACAUCCCAAACCAACCUUGAUCAUUUCAUGGUAUCCAUGGUAACAAUAAUCUGUAACGUGAUUGUUGUGAAGGCCAAGUUUCCCCAUUGAUCAGACAUGUAGAUAUGGGAACGUUGAGUAUCGUUCGUAUGCAGUAGAAGGAGCAGAUGUUUUUAAUCACCUGAAUGAUAUACCUACCUACCGUAUCUACACCCUUAUCAAGAUGAAUACUUCUGGUCAUGUCAUGCUGCUGGUCCUAUUCUUAUAGGUUAGUGUUGAUAUACUGUAUGUUCCAGGUGGGAUAUACAGUAAAAACAUACACGAUUGAUAAUAUACACUGAACAAGAAAUAUAAACUCAACAUGUAAAGUGUUAGUCCCGUGUUUCAGGAGCUGAAAUAAAUUGUCCCUGUCUAACACAUGUAAAGUGUUAGUCCCGUGUUUCAGGAGCUGAAAUAAAUUGUCCCUGUCUAACACAUGUAAAGUGUUAGUCCCGUGUUUCAGGACCUGAAAUAAAUUGUCCCUGUCUAACACAUGUAAAGUGUUAGUCCCGUGUUUCAGGAGCUGAAAUAAAUUGUCCCUGUCUAACACAUGUAAAGUGUUAGUCCCGUGUUUCAGGAGCUGAAAUAAAUUGUCCCUGUCUAACACAUGUAAAGUGUUAGUCCCGUGUUUCAGGAGCUGAAAUAAAUUGUCCCUGUCUAACACAUGUAAAGUGUUAGUCCCGUGUUUCAGGAGCUGAAAUAAAUUGUCCCUGUCUAACACAUGUAAAGUGUUAGUCCCGUGUUUCAGGAGCUGAAAUAAAUUGUCCCUGUCUAACACAUGUAAAGUGUUAGUCCCGUGUUUCAGGAGCUGAAAUAAAUUGUCCCUGUCUAACACAUGUAAAGUGUUAGUCCCGUGUUUCAGGAGCUGAAAUAAAUUGUCCCUGUCUAACACAUGUAAAGUGUUAGUCCCGUGUUUCAGGAGCUGAAAUAAAUUGUCCCUGUCUAACACAUGUAAAGUGUUAGUCCCGUGUUUCAGGAGCUGAAAUAAAUUGUCCCUGUCUAACACAUGUAAAGUGUUAGUCCCGUGUUUCAGGAGCUGAAAUAAAUUGUCCCUGUCUAACACAUGUAAAGUGUUAGUCCCGUGUUUCAGGAGCUGAAAUAAAUUGUCCCUGUCUAACACAUGUAAAGUGUUAGUCCCGUGUUUCAGGAGCUGAAAUAAAUUGUCCCUGUCUAACACAUGUAAAGUGUUAGUCCCGUGUUUCAGGAGCUGAAAUAAAUUGUCCCUGUCUAACACAUGUAAAGUGUUAGUCCCGUGUUUCAGGACCUGAAAUAAAUUGUCCCUGUCUAACACAUGUAAAGUGUUAGUCCCGUGUUUCAGGAGCUGAAAUAAAUUGUCCCUGUCUAACACAUGUAAAGUGUUAGUCCCGUGUUUCAGGAGCUGAAAUAAAUUGUCCCUGUCUAACACAUGUAAAGUGUUAGUCCCGUGUUUCAGGAGCUGAAAUAAAUUGUCCCUGUCUAACACAUGUAAAGUGUUAGUCCCGUGUUUCAGGAGCUGAAAUAAAUUGUCCCUGUCUAACACAUGUAAAGUGUUAGUCCCGUGUUUCAGGACCUGAAAUAAAUUGUCCCUGUCUAACACAUGUAAAGUGUUAGUCCCGUGUUUCAGGAGCUGAAAUAAAUUGUCCCUGUCUAACACAUGUAAAGUGUUAGUCCCGUGUUUCAGGAGCUGAAAUAAAUUGUCCCUGUCUAACACAUGUAAAGUGUUAGUCCCGUGUUUCAGGACCUGAAAUAAAUUGUCCCUGUCUAACACAUGUAAAGUGUUAGUCCCGUGUUUCAGGACCUGAAAUAAAUUGUCCCUGUCUAACACAUGUAAAGUGUUAGUCCCGUGUUUCAGGACCUGAAAUAAAUUGUCCCUGUCUAACACAUGUAAAGUGUUAGUCCCGUGUUUCAGGAGCUGAAAUAAAUUGUCCCUGUCUAACACAUGUAAAGUGUUAGUCCCGUGUUUCAGGAGCUGAAAUAAAUUGUCCCUGUCUAACACAUGUAAAGUGUUAGUCCCGUGUUUCAGGACCUGAAAUAAAUUGUCCCUGUCUAACACAUGUAAAGUGUUAGUCCCGUGUUUCAGGAGCUGAAAUAAAUUGUCCCUGUCUAACACAUGUAAAGUGUUAGUCCCGUGUUUCAGGAGCUGAAAUAAAUUGUCCCUGUCUAACACAUGUAAAGUGUUAGUCCCGUGUUUCAGGAGCUGAAAUAAAUUGUCCCUGUCUAACACAUGUAAAGUGUUAGUCCCGUGUUUCAGGAGCUGAAAUAAAUUGUCCCUGUCUAACACAUGUAAAGUGUUAGUCCCGUGUUUCAGGAGCUGAAAUAAAUUGUCCCUGUCUAACACAUGUAAAGUGUUAGUCCCGUGUUUCAGGAGCUGAAAUAAAUUGUCCCUGUCUAACACAUGUAAAGUGUUAGUCCCGUGUUUCAGGAGCUGAAAUAAAUUGUCCCUGUCUAACACAUGUAAAGUGUUAGUCCCGUGUUUCAGGAGCUGAAAUAAAUUGUCCCUGUCUAACACAUGUAAAGUGUUAGUCCCGUGUUUCAGGAGCUGAAAUAAAUUGUCCCUGUCUAACACAUGUAAAGUGUUAGUCCCGUGUUUCAGGACCUGAAAUAAAUUGUCCCUGUCUAACACAUGUAAAGUGUUAGUCCCGUGUUUCAGGACCUGAAAUAAAUUGUCCCUGUCUAACACAUGUAAAGUGUUAGUCCCGUGUUUCAGGAGCUGAAAUAAAUUGUCCCUGUCUAACACAUGUAAAGUGUUAGUCCCGUGUUUCAGGAGCUGAAAUAAAUUGUCCC